UAUCAAUUGGGCAUUUGAGCUUCAGUCAUGAAAUUUCUUUUUCCCAAAUUCCUUCGUUUCCCUUGCUUAGGGUUUUCAGAUACAUAAAUUUGAUUAUCAAUCGAACUGAGCUUGAAUUCUAUGAAGAAAAAAUGUCUUCUUCAGCAAAGCUAAGAAGAGGAGGAGGAAAACGAAGAAGUAAAAAAGUACAGAGUUUUACCUCAUUCUCAAAUGAAAAGCAGUGGUUUCCCACAUCUUUGGAAUGUUUGUUUAGCGUUUGAUCCAUUGAGAUCCCCGUAUUACAAAGUUGUAUUUUUCUGGUGGAAGAACAGUGAUCCAGAUUGUAUUAACUAUAAAACUGAAAUCUACGAUUCUGAAACCUCUUCUUUGACGUUGUCUGAAUUUGAUUCGUGUAAUCCCCGAGAUGAAUGUAUACUAUGGGGACUGGCUCAGGGUGCUGGUAUGUUCUGGAAGGGUUCAUUCUACUGGUGCAACCUAAAAGGGUUGAUUGCUUACUUUGAUGUUGAUCGAGAAUUAGUUGGGGUAGUGCCACUGCUAAGUUCUGCUUCAGCAAAUGGUGAUGUUGUAAAGUCUUUCAACAUUGCCGAGUAUGGGGGUCAUUUCUAUCUUAUUGAGAGAGAUUGGGAUGUUGAUCCUUUCGGCUGCAAUCGUUUCUGCAUAUUCGAGAUGGAUUCUGCUGACUAUAGUUGGAUAGCGAAAGGUCAGGUUGAUGUGAGGUUAAAUCCAUAUGCCGGGUCUCCUUGUAGUUCUACGUUUCUGCCUCGCUAUCAUUAUAUCUUAUUCAUUAUCGAGAAGGAAGACGAGAAGGAGUCAACAGAGGUUGUGCUACUAACAAAAGAGAGUAGUGUUCUCUCUUAUGAUCUAAAGGAUAUGAGCUUCAAGAAAAUUUAUGAUCUAUCAGCACAACAAGAAUUUGAUAGUUUUUAUGCUGAAUUUCAUCAAUAUAUCGAGUCCUUGGCUUGUGUUUAGUUGUUUCCGUGGCUGGUUUUUCAUUUUUUUUCUUAGCUUGGACCUGAGUAAAUGUUACAUGUUCAACUUUAGUUUUGAUCAGAUUCAAUGUUGGGGUUCUGAAUUCUCUAGUCCUAGUUGUAUUUUAUUGAUGAAUUCCCUGUUGAAUGCAAUCGUGAAAAUUUCCAAAGAAUUACUUGUUCUGAAUUCUCUACCACAGAAUUUGAAACAUGGGUCUCAUACUUUUAUAUCAGAAAUCAUGAUUUUGCUGGCUCAGGACAGUU